CGUGGCCUUCGGCUUCAUCCUGAUGGGUCUGGAGAAGUUAGUGGAGCUGGAGUUCGAGUGUCCGUGUAAUCCGGUGUGGAACGGACUCUUCUCCUCCGCGUUCUUUAUCAUUCCCGCGGUCAUGGCUCUCGCGCUCAUGAUCAUCAUCCAGGGUUGCAGGUGCGAGUUCUUGUGCACGAGCUUUCUUUCUCUGUCCAGUCUCGUUCCCGCGGUGGUCUGGCUGAUCUUGCUCUUUCUGGACGGUCAGUACUUUGCGUGCGCCAUGACAGACUGGCACGGCAGGUACGUGAUCGUGGAUAAAGCCGCUCCGCAGAAAUGGUGCGAACCCACGCAAGAAGAGCGCGUGCCCCCUCAGGAACUCAUGCUGCGCUCACAGCGGCUGUUUGUCGAGUCUCAGGUUAUUGGCAUAGUGCUUCUUAUUUUCAUCUGUUUUGGACUGGUGGUCUACGUCAUCCGAGAGAGCUGUCAGCAUGAGCUGGAAACUCAAGAUGUCAAUAUGGCAGAGAUGAGUCUGUACAGCACCCGCUGAUACCAUCUAACAUCAUCUACUCAUCACAUCUGCUGUCAGAUAACAACAUAUCAAUUCUGGUCCUCAAAUUCAAUAAAAAAAAACACAAAUGCACAUACAAUGGAAGUCUAAGGACUUUAUAAAUACAUACUGAUGUAAACCUAAUAUCAUGUUAUCAUGAAACUAGAGCUGAUCAAUACUGUAUUGAUUGACAAGGUUUGCAGCCUUUGGAUGAGAAACAACCGAUAUGUGCAAGAAGAGCAUAGAUUGACUGUAAC